GACCAAUUUAUUUUCUUCAUUAUCUGCCUAAGUUUUUUCUCCUAACACUUAUUAUUUUCCUUUCCCAUUCUUUCCCCAUUUACCUUGCACAGCCAAAGAAAAUUCUUAAAUUUCAAAUAAACCAAAUUUGGACUCAAUAAUCAAAUUGGCCUGUUUAUUACCCAAAUAGAUGUUUUUCCAACCAAAGCAAAGUUUAAAAAAAAAAAUAAUAACAGGUCAAAAUAGUUAGUGCAAACAAUUCAAGAUUUCAAGCUACACACUGACCAUCCUAAUUGCUCCUUAGCAAGUUGCAUUUUUCUCCAGAGAAAUUCGUAAAUAUGCUACUAUGCUAUGAUUAAAACCCUAGAUUCACUCUUCUCAUAUGGCUAAGUCAAUUUGAAUGCACAAAUAUAGUUUAUAAUCAUAAAGUCUGAAGGAGUUUUUUGUUCUCUAAAAGGAUGCAUAUAAUGUAUACUCGUCCAGUUAUUGUGUUUAUAACUUUACUCUUUGCUUAUGCUGCUGCUACUGCUGCUGAUUUAGAGAGCAAUGGAGCUGAAAAAGCGGGUGCGGAUGCAGCAAUUUUGAGUAGUAAUAGCAGUGGGAAUGAGAAUUUAGACCUGAUAAAUAUGAAUAGAAAAAAGGAUGGUCAUUUGGAUAACGAUAGUUCGAGUAACCAAAUGAAGUUAAAGGAAGCUGGGGACCUAAGGAAAGUGAAUAAUGGAAGUGGCAUUAUUGGUGAGUUGACAGAUGUUGGGGAUCAAAACAAGUCCAAUGAUAGCAGUUCAAAAAAGGGUGACGAGAGAGAAGGGUUGAAAGAAGCUGAGGUGGAAAAGAAAAGAAUUGAUGCUGGUUCCAAUAGAGAUGACAAGAAGAAGAAGACGAAAGAAGUUGAAGAGCAAGUCAAAGCAAAAGAUAUUAGUUACGAGAAGCAGGGUGAGAUGGAUAAGAUUCUGCCUGAUGGAAUUCAGUCGAGAGAGGAGAUUUUGCCUACAAGAAAGGAGACUUUCCAUGGUGAAGAAUGCGAUUCAUCUUAUAGUUGUACGAUAGAGGAAAAAGAAGUGGUUGCAUGUCUUAGAGUUCCGGGCAAUGAAUCUCCAGACCUUUCACUUUUGGUUCAAAACAAUGGAAAAGGAACUGUCAAUAUUUUGAUUAAGGCUCCUGAGUUUGUACAACUGGAGAAAGAGAAGAUUGAACUGCAAGGGAAAGAAAACCAGAGGAUGAAGGUUUCUAUACGGAAUGCAGGAAAUGACAACAAUAUAAUUCUAAAGGCCGGGGAUGGCCAAUGCACACUUGAUUUCAGGGGUCUGAUUGACAAUGCUGAUAAAACAUCUCAAUUCAAGUAUGGUUUCUCAUCUUUUGGAAUAAUGUGCUUGGCUGCUAUUGCAUUAGUAGCUACAGUCUUGAUAUACUUUAAACGGAGGCUUCAAGUAAGUAGCGGCCACAAGUAUCAAAAGUUGGACAUGGAUUUACCAGUUUCCAAUGGCGGAAAGACGGAGACACUCUCAACUGAUGGAUGGGACAAUAACUGGGAUGACGAUUGGGAUGAUGAGGAGGCGCCCAAAGCACCAUCCAUGCCAGUCACUCCUUCCCUCUCGUCUAAAAGCAUUUCCUCACGGCGGUCUAGUAAGGAAAGCUGGAAAGACUAGUUCUUUUUUUGUUUUUGUUUUUGCCACAUUAUAAUUAGAAAGAAUAUGAAUGACUUAAUCGCGCAGUAGUAGCCACGAGGCAACAAGUUGUGAUAUUACGAUUCUAAUUGUGACAUCUUGUUGUCGGGCUUUCCGCUUGGACUAUUUCUUUUCAUUAUCUUUUGGAAGAGAAAAGUCUCUUACAAUCAAACUUCUCUAUAA